CUCCUACACGCACCCAUGAGCGACUGAGCCACCGACCAGCUGGCACCGUGGCGAAGCUCCCCUUGUUGCACACACCCAGCCACCCAUGGCCUGUGGCUUGUUUACCCUACCACCUACAGGUACCUUGCCCAGGCUUGCCGCCGCGCUUUGACUAAGCUCCACCUCCGAUCGCCGGUCCUCGCGCGCUGCCAGUCCUGUACCUUAGGCUGUAGCUGGGCCUUGCAAAUGGCUAGGAGAUUCUCGCUCAGGCCCUUACUGCGCAGGUUGUCUUCCAAACACUCUGCCACCGCCGAGUCCACCAGGAGCGACGGCAGCGAUAACAGCACCGCCGCUACCUCUGCUUCACCCUCGCCCUCUCCCAAGCCGCAGACCCGCUCGGCACAUCGCCGUCUCCGCAAAUCAUCUUCGCUUGCCAGGCUAAAGGACAAGUUCCGCGACGCGCCUACCACUGCUCCUCCUCCUCCUCCUCCUCCCCCUACUACUGCUCCUGUCGCUGCUGCUGCUGUCCCGCCCGCAGCUCCAUCAAAGAAAUCACGCGCAAACAGUGUGAGCGUGAUCUUGGAAGAUCGCGAAGCUGCCCCGUCGCGUUACUCAUUGGCACGCGACGUCGGAAGUGAAGCAGUGGAAGACGAGGAAGUACUGCCCGUGAAGAGCUCGCACAGUGAAAGUUCGGACCACAGCUCCGGCACCUGGACUACUGCUGCUGCUGCUGCACAGCAACCGGCGACUCCAUCAUCGCAGCAACAGAAGCUGGAUGUGGAAGACCUGCAAGCGAAUCCGCAGCUGACGUUGGAGGAACCUACGCCAGAAGCACGCAGCAGCGGCCGCAACAGGCUGGACGAGUUAGACUUCGGCCUGCGUCCAUCGUCUUCAUCGUCCGGCUACCUACAUCGCCAUCCCAGCCCCAGCCUUCGACUGAGCGAUUCGCAGCCGACAACUACGAGGACAUCCGUCAGCGAUCUACCUCAGCAGAGCCUUGCUAGCAGCACCAAUGCGAGCAUCGUGAAUCACCUCGUCGACGCCCUUCACCACCCCCAGCACCAACGUCCUACCUCUAGCGCCUCGCAGGGCCUUCCUAGCGGUCUGCCCGCCGCCACUUUGCCCAAGUAUCUGACGAGCAGUAGUGUUCCGGAUAUGGCGACAAUGUUGCAUCGCAAGAUUUGGGUGAAGAGGCCCAAUGCAUCCGCGACGCUGGUCCAGAUUCGUGAAGACGACCUGGUGGACGAUGUUCGAGAUAUGAUCUUGAGGAAAUACGCCAAUUCGUUGGGCAAGACGUUUGAUGCUCCUGACCUGACAUUAACCAUCUUUACCAGGUCGGACCAGCCGGGGCUGCGCACUGCACGCAUCUUGCGGCCCGAAGAGGAGAUGUGCAGGACCAUCGACUCAUACUAUCCUAGUGGACAGACAGUAUCGGAGGCAUUGGUAAUAGACCUGCCACAGCAGCGAACACCGCGGCCGUCGCCCCGACCAAUAUAUCACAGUCAUCACAGCUGUCAGGCCAUGGACGAAUACCAGCCCCCUGAGAACGGCACGGACUAUUUUCCACCCAUGCCUGUCACCAUCCAGCCUGCGCUUCCUGCGCAUGUCGCCCGCGAGCAUCAUGCUGCCCUGACCAGCGAUCAGCCAAGGUCGAUAUCGGUGCUAAGUACGGGCCAGAUACCUCCAUUGCCCUCUCCAGGCGUUGCUGGCCGACGGCACAGAUUGGAUCGAGAACAUCGACCUAGAAUAGGGCGGCAGCACACCUCAUCACCAACCAUCAUAUCACAUGGAUCUCAUGCUAUGCAACCAAAUGCGGUCGUAUCCGCAAUUCCUCCCACUCAUCUUUCCCGCUCGACUAGGCCUCGAGUGGACUCAUCAGCCUCCGAAGUCCCCUAUCGCCACGACGCGCCUCCUCCGCCGUCUCUACCGACGCCUCCAGCUGCCGAAGCGCCGCCUGUGAACAAACCCGGCUCGGGACCUCCGACGCCGAAUACCUUGAUAUCUAAUGGUGGACGCACCUCUCGACCUCGCAAAACGCGCAAGCCGACCCCGGGGAAGCCAUCCAAAGGACGAUCACCACCUGUCGAUACAUACAAUCCGAAUCGCAGCUUAACUGGCCUGUCUAGCGUACUGGAUAGCUCAGUGCCGCCUAUCAACGUACUAAUCGUGGAAGACAACAUCAUCAACAUGCGAAUUCUGGAAGGGUUGAUGAAACGUCUCAAUGUUCGAUGGCAAACUGCGAUGAAUGGACAAAUCGCAGUCGACAAAUGGAGGACCGGUGGAUAUCACUUGGUGCUGAUGGAUAUUCAAAUGCCCAUCAUGAAUGGACUGCAAGCGACCAAGGAGAUCAGGAGACUAGAAAGAGUAAAUGGAAUUGGUGUGUUCAGUGCAACGCCUGGGCCGGAAACGGAGAAUGGACCUAGUGCGGGCGAGAACGGCAAAGGAGAGAAGGUUCACAAUGCGGCUGACGAUAAGCUGGACAAGUCAACAGGCGUGUUCAAAUCACCCAUCAUCAUUGUGGCCCUGACGGCCUCCUCGCUGCAAUCAGAUCGGCACGAAGCAUUGGCCGCUGGUUGUAACGACUUCCUCACAAAGCCCGUCAAUUUCGUCUGGCUGGAACGCAAAGUCAAGGAGUGGGGUUGCAUGCAAGCUCUGAUUGACUACGAUGGAUGGCGGCAGUGGAAAGACUUUGCUGAAAAGGAGAAUGCUGGUAAAUCGGAAGAAGAAAAGCAAAAGGAUCGCGAACAGGAAGAAAAACAGAAGAAGAAGAUGGAGAAACUGGCACUUUUGCAGGAAAAGCAGCGCAAGACAGCCGAAGCCCAAGCCAAAGAGAAGGAAAAAGAAAGGAAGAAACAGGAAAGCACGGAACAAGAGCCUCCGGACGUGAAUGGCACUGCUGCGUGACUUGAUUGAUUGAUUGAUUGAGAUGAGGGUUGAUCCCGUGAUGACGUGGAUGUCUUGGAAGUGGUAUUCUUUCGUCGUAUACAUUGCGCACAUAUCAGCGAGGGCGUUUGUGGGCACGGGUUUGGGGUCUUGAACAUCGUCCUGGAAGGUCUGGGACUGAUUGUUCCUAUUGAGAGAGUGCUGUGUGUGUGUUGUAGCGAAUACCCAUUCUUGCAUGACCAGAGCUAGCUAGACACGUGCAGGCAUCUGACACUUGCUAGCCUGUUUUAAUGAAAGAUUAC